AUGUCGAUGGACGUUGGAAUCGUUGGGCUGGGUGUGAUGGGUGCUAGCCUGGCACUAAACAUUGCAGAGAAAGGGUUUCACGUGGCGGUUUUUAACCGCACAUACUCCAAAGCCGAAAGCUUUAUAAAAGAGCACGCUUCGGCUCAUUUUGCAGCGAAUCUCAAGGCAUUUGAGACGAUGAAAUCUUUUGUCAUGGCUAUCAAAAAACCCCGCAAGAUUCUUAUUCUUGUCCAGGCUGGUGCGGCCACCGAUGCGACGAUUGAGCAGUUGAAGGGCGUUCUGGAGAAGGACGACAUUAUUGUGGACACGGGUAAUGCGCAUUUCAAGGAUCAGACCCGCCGGGCUGAGCAACUGGAGGCGACAGGCCUGCGUUUUCUUGGAAUGGGCAUUUCAGGUGGUGAGGAGGGAGCUCGAAAAGGACCUGCCUUUUUUCCGGGUGGCACACUGAGUGUAUGGAAGGAGAUCCAACCCGUCGUUGAGGCUGCCGCUGCAAAGGCAGAUGAUGGGCGCCCAUGCGUCACCAUGAAUGGUCGUGGUGGGGCUGGUUCGUGUGUUAAGAUGUACCAUAACGCUGGGGAGUACGCCAUUCUGCAGGUAUGGGGUGAGGUCUUUGAUAUUCUUCGUGCGAUGGGGUUAAACAAUGACGAGGUGGCUGAAGUCCUUGAGGAUUGGAGGGCUAGGGGAUUUUUGGCUUCAUAUAUGCUUGACAUUUCCAUUGUCGCCGCGCAGGCCAAGAUUGCGGAUGGCAGCUAUCUUUCCGAACACGUCAAGGACUGCAUUGGUUCCAAAGGCACAGGUCUGUGGUCUGCACAGGAGGCGCUAGAAGUUGGCGUUCCAGCACCAAGCCUAAACAUGGCUGUGAUAUCCCGGCAGUUGACAAUGUACAAGUCUGAACGCGAGACUAACGCAAAGGCAUUUCCAUUUGUUCUACAAGUUCCUGGCUACACAAUAGAGGAGAAAGGCCCUAACGCACCAGAAAUUCGGCAACUCUAUCAUGCUGUUUCCAUUGCUAUUAUUGCGUGUUAUGCGCAAAUGUUUCAGUGUCUCCGCACUUUGGACAAGGUGUAUAACUUUGGCUUGGACUUGCCGGCCAUCAUCGCCACUUUCCGGGCUGGUUGUAUUUUGAAGGGGUAUAUCCUCCAGCCAAUGACUGAGGCAUUUGCGAAUAACCCACAUUUGAGUAACCUGAUGUGUGCCUUUGAAAAGGAAAUAACUGAAGGACUGCAGAGCUAUCGCGAUAUUUUGGCUCUCGUCACGUCAAAGACGGCCUUGACGCUCCCUGUACUAUCCGCCACUCUAGUGUACGUCAACGGGAUGUUCACACCGACGCUUAAGUAUGGUCAGCUUGUAUCACUGCAAAGGGAUGUGUUUGGCCGCCAUGGAUACGAGAGGCUGGACAAAGAUGGGCGUGAGUCCCAUAACUGGCCGGAGCUACAAUAA